AACUCGCAAAAGUUUGACUUCACAACGCGAAGACCGCGAUUCCUCUGUGUCGCCUGAGGAGAUGGCCGUGCCGGCGCCGGCCAAGGCGGCUCGCGCGCUCGCGGCCACGGCGGCUGCGCUCGUGCUGCUGUGGUGCGUCCACUUCCGCGGCGGCCUCGCCCUUAGCUCCCCCACCAACAAGGGGCUCAUCUUUAACGUUCAUCCUGUACUUAUGCUGAUUGGAUUCAUCAUCACAGGGAGCGAAGCCAUAAUGAGCUACAAAACAUUGCCGUGGAGUCAUGACACAAAUAAGAUGGUACAUUUGAUUCUUCAUGCUGUUGCGCUCUUUCUGGGAUCAUUUGGGGUGUAUACUGCCUUCAAGUUUCACAAUGAAAGUGGAAUCGACAAUCUAUACAGCUUGCAUUCCUGGGUUGGACUUGGUGCUAUCAUUUUGUAUGGUUUACAGUGGGUAUCUGGCUUUGUCACCUUCUUCUUCCCCGGUGCUUCUCCAACAGUCCGGCGUGCCAUGCUACCAUGGCAUGUUCGUGCUGGGCUCUUCGUCUACGUGCUGGCGCUGCUCGCAGCCGAGCUGGGAUUCCUGGAGAAGCUCACCUUCCUUCAGACCGCGGGCCUGGGCAGGUACAGCUCGGAAGCCCUGAUGGUAAACUUCACCGCCCUUGUUGUCUUGCUACUGGGCGCAACUGUCGUGCUGUAUGUCACUGCUCCUGCGCAGAACGAGCAUACGCUUGGGUAUUCAGCAGUUCACAAGUCCUAGAUCCUGACUGUCUGCUGCAUUUUUGUUGCAUCCUCUUAUGUUUGAAGUACAGACAAUAACUUGUCCUCUUCAUUUCGUAGCUGAGUUGCUGCAAUCUUGUUCAGAUGAAGAACCACACAAUGUAAAAUUUUGCCCGGUAAGUUACCAAUAGAUUCACUUGAGUUGCUGUA